AUGUCGGUUAAGGUGGUCAAUCGUAGCAGCUUUCGUGGAAUUCGAAAGUGUCCGAAGUGCGGCUUAUUUAAUGGAAAUCGUGCGGAACAUUGUAAAAACAGUUCAUGCCUUUCAAUCUUGCAGUCGGGAUCCAAGAAUCGGGCAGAAAAAAACACCCCGGAUGGUUCGUCGUUUGCAGUUCACCUGCACCAGUCGCCGCUGUAUAGUGUUACCCACAGCAAUGGCCUACGAAGCUUCAUCGAACAUUCUUCGAACGAGCCCGAUGGAAAAAUGUUAUUGCGCACGGUAGCCGGCAACAGUGUGAAGGAUGCAAACUCGGUAAUACAACUUAUUUUGAACUGUAAAUCCGAGGCUGAACCAAUGCCAAUAAAGGACGCGGUGAUCGAGACACUUGCAGUGUCGGAGAUGGACAAGAAUUCGCUUGGAAAACAGCAAUUUCCUUUGGUACAACGGCUUUUCCAAGACCUGUAUGUCGUAGGCCAACCGGAUGGUGUUUGGCAGCACGUUAAAGCGGUAAGGCGCAAACAGAUAUACACGGAACUCCAAUGUUCCUGCCAUUCGGAGAGAGUGGCUAUGAACUGUUGGCACAAGUUGGCCACCAUAGCCGCGAUGCUUAGUGCUAGACACUGUUACGGCGCACGCUGGGCAAAACUGCUGCAAUCUUUCGUCAAGAAAGAGUCGUCACCAACACCGAAUCCCGUGCUGUCGUACGGGACGUUUCCUCUCUCCGACUGUAAUAUAGCGGCGAAAUGCCUCACGAUCGGAGGAUCAAACGUGGAAUACAUCGAUCUGGGUGGCAGUAAACUUCAGUCGACCGAAGUGAUACAGCAGGCACUAUUCAAUGAUAACGACGACCAAAGGUUCGAUUUAUCCGAUUCACUCAAGAUAGAUGUUUUAUCAAACGGGUACGAAUUGAUGAUCGAUGAUGGCACGACGGCAACGAUGGCAUCGCCGAUCAGCGAAGUUCCAGACGUAUUUGCAACAGCCGCUAUAGACGAUUUACAGCUAAUGAACUGCCAAAUCGAGUUAAUGGAUGAGUUUGAUUUAACGGAUCGUAUCGACUUCUGUCCGUCCGACGUUGAACUAAUCGAAACUGAAAAGCUACUACUUCCGACGAACGGCGAUGAAAAUCUGUCCAAUGCCAGUCCCGAUAUUGAGCCUUUGGUCGAAAUCUCGACGAAGAAAGGCGCGUUCCUGAAAGGUUUAACAAACGAAAAACUAACAAAGGGAAGUUACAGCUUGCGCAAGCUGAUGAGGGUUCUCGAAUCAAAUGGCAUCGUAUUCCACCGCUCCGCACGCUCUGCCCCCUCGUUCGAGGCGUCGGUCUGCAAUCUUUCUUUCGUCGGAUGGCUUGAGGCAGUCAUCGAGCAGCUCAAUUCCGUUAUUGACUACAAUAGAGACGGUCGGCCCGAACAGCAAAUUUUUCGUAUUCACGAAGAUUUUUUCCAUUGCUUACGGUCUCGAUUUUCCAUCGGUCAUGGAAAGCGCCAACCUGACUCGGUCGAUGACGAAGUCGUAAACAGCCAGCAUCGGGCGCUACAAACGCAGCACUACAAAUUCAGCCAUCACAACAGUCUGCAAAACGUGUUCCGGACCGAUCGCAUGAAACUUGCAUUCGAAAAGAAUUUCUCACGUUCCACCCGCGGCCAGUUCACGGCUGUCGACAAGGAGAAAGCUGAAAAUCCCUCACCUAGCAAUGGGCGACCAAUACAUCCUGAGUAUUACAGCACGUUUAUCAAGCUGGGGCGUUAUCAACAUGAGCUCAACCCACACAAGGUCUAUAGCCUUAGCAUCGCGUGGACCGCAGGCGUUUUGCCGCGUAGUGGAUUCGGCGAGCUUCGAAUCAACUUUGAAUAUGGUCACCGAAUGAACGGCCGCUAUGUGGCUCCUCCGUUAUCGUAGGCAUCGUUGUCUCCAUGUAUGAACCCUCAUCACAUAAGACAUAUUUUUACUUUUAUUCAUUAAAGCUGCGCUACACAAUCCCUGUUACACAUAUACAAAAAAAAUCUUAACCUCGACAAGUGAUAUAAAAUGGUGGUUCUACGACGCACAAGAU